AUGCCACGUUUAUCAGAGGCCGAAAUAAAUCGGGCUAUCGGUAUGCUUCAAGCUGCCGUAUGUGCCGUUGACGUUAGCAGGACAUUUAACUGCAGUCGCAACACAGUGCAUGAGCUUGUCAGGCGCUUUAGGCGGACAGGUGAUGUGCAUGAUCGUCCUAGGUCAGGUAGACCAAGAGCAACUAGCCAACGGGACGAUCGGAAUGCUUCAGUUGUGUUUCAGCAGGACAAUGCACGCCCGCAUGUUACAAGGAUCACACAAGCUCGCCUUGCAGCGGCUAACGUAAACGCCAUGCAUUGGCCGGCAUAUUCUCCGGACAUGAAUCCAGUGGAGCACAUUUUUGACGAACUGGGGAGACGUGAUCGUCGUCGUCAUGCACCUCGCACUGUAAACGAGCGAGCAAAUGCCCUUGUCAGAGAGUGGAACAACUCCCUAAUCUGCUUCCAACUGUUUGGUUGUGGUAUGCAUGUAGUACUGUCUCUGAUGUCAUAUAGCCUUCCUCCUUUUCUUUCAGAACAAUGCAGACCGGGAACAUAUUCCCCCAAUACUGUCGAGACAUGUUCCACGUGUCCCCUCGGUUACUAUCAAGAUCAAUACGGGCAGACGACAUGUAAACAAUGUCCUUUUGGUACAACAACUGUGUCGACAAACAGUUCGUCUGCUGAUGAUUGCAAAACAUAUGACGCAUGUAUGUCGUCACCAUGUAACGGAAAUAACUGUACCAAUAUUGACGACAGUUAUAUAUGUACUUGUCAUGGAGGUUGGUCGGGUACAAAUUGUACGACGCCGCCGGAUUAUUGUGUAGACAACGCAUGUGAAAAUGGCGCCACUUGUAUAAGUGGAAGUACAAAUUACACAUGUAAUUGUGUCCUCGGAUACAGUGGACUGUUCUGUGAAAUUCCUCAAUUGGAUAAAUUAGAUGGGGGCUGGUCAGAAUGGGUGGUAUCAGCAUGUUCAAAGACUUGUGGAGCAGGAAGUAUGAAUAGAACAAGACAGUGUAAUAGUCCAGUCCCAGGUACAAACGGUUCUGAUUGUGCUGGUGACGCUACAGAAACUAUAGCUUGUAAUAUGGACGCUUGCCCUGUGUGUAAAGAACUCAGGAACACAUCCGGGACCGUGCUGGACUGUACUACAGACGAAGCAACCGGAAGUAAGACUUGCACGAUAUAUUGCGAGGAUGGUAAAGUGCUCCCACCAGGAUUAAUAGAUGAGGAGUCAUUUACUUGUGGUCCUAGCACUAACUACGAAUGGGGCUAUUUGGAAAAUGCUCCUAGUUGUGUCGACCCUAUCAGCCCAGGCAGCAUUAACAUUACUGUGACAAUAGAGUAUGUGAUUGAGAUACCUGACAGUGUGGCGUCACGUUUUGUGAACUUGAUAAACGAGCAGAUAUUAACAGUACCAUGUUUUGAUUCCAUCAGUUGUCAUACACAUAUAGAGAUAGCCAAGUCAGACAUGACGAUUGUUUUUAGUAUUCCUAUAUCUCGGGGAACAGACAUAGAGUACAGUGGCUCCAUACUAAGCGGAAUACGUAAGUACUUAUAUGGUAAUAUCUAUGUCAUAUAUGACAUAGAUAUUACCAUGUCGUUAUCUUUUUAUCAUAACAAUACAAUAUAA